GAUCUUGGCUGGCCCAACGGCCUCACUCUGGACUACGACACACGCAGGAUCUUCUGGGUGGACGCUCACCUGGACAGGAUCGAGAGCUCUGACCUGAACGGGAAGCUGCGUCAGAUCCUUGUCAGCCCCGUGUCACACCCCUUCGCCCUCACGCAGCAAGACCGCUGGCUGUACUGGACGGACUGGCAGACUAAGUCCAUCCAGCGAGUGGACAAGCACUCCGGCCGCAACAAGGAGACAGUGCUGGCCAAUGUGGAGGGUCUCAUGGACAUCAUAGUGGUGUCUCCCCAGAGACAGAGCGGGACGAACCACUGUGGGGCGAACAACGGAGGGUGCACUCACCUCUGCUUCUCCAAGACCAACACCUUUGUUUGCUCCUGUCCUGAUGAACCAGACAGCCGGCCCUGCUCCACCAUCUCGGGGUACGUUCCCACCUUGCCAGACAGAGGCACCACCAGCACCCCUGCCCUCCCAAACGUCCCCCAGGGGCCCACAGAUGCCCCCCCACGGGGCCCCCCGCUGGUCAACUGCACAGACAAGAGCUCGGGAGUGGAGGGCUGUUUACAGAGCGACGUGGUGACGGCCCCACAUGGGGAGGGCCUUCACAUCAGCUACGUGAUUGGUGGAGCUCUGACCAUCCUGUCCCUCCUCAUCCUCAUCGCUGCCUUCAUCAUCUACAGACACAAGAAGUCUAAGCUGGCGGACCCAGGGGUGAGCAACCUGACCUACAGCAACCCCUCCUACCGGACCUCCACCCAGGAGGUGAAGAUUGAGGCCCAGAAGCCGCCCAUGUACAACCAGCUCCGCUACAAGAAGGAGGGGGGCGUGGAUGGGGGCUACAGCAGUGAGAAGAUCCGCAUCGUGGAGGGGGUGUGUCUGCUGUCCAGCGAGCAGCUGUACUGGGACGACCUGAAGCAGCUGCGUCCGUCCCGGGGCGGCGGGCUCCACGCCUGCAUGCGCACGGACACCGUGUCCCUGCAGGCCAGCAGCGUCUCCCUGGACGACGGGGAGACGGAGCAGCUCCUGCAGGAGGAGGCGUCUGAGUGCUCCUCCAUCAGCACGCUGGCCCCCGGCUGCUCCACGCCACGCCGCCACGCCCAGCACAGCCUGCCCGACACCAGCUGGACCACCGCUCGCAAGCCCUCCACGGAGAGCGAGGUGUGAGGAGGGCCCGUGCCCUGCUGACCCCCGCACACACACACACCCAUAAACACACUCGUAUAAACACACACACACUCAUACACUCACUCAUACACACUGUUACACACGUAAAAACAUGCGUGUACACACAUACAUGAAAGAAUACACAUUUCUACACGCAUACAAAUACAUGCGCACACAUACACACAAACAUGUGCACACACACGCACAUAUACACACAAACAAGCGCCUGCUUUAAAACCUAUAUACAUUUUACUGUAGACAGACCUAUCUAGACCAGUACAUACAACUACAUAAAAGAGUAUUAUUCUGCAGUUAUGUAUUAGAUGAUUCAGACAUAAACACAAGUUAGAGGUACUCUUACUGUAGGUACUAGCAAACAAACGUGAUUACAACUUUAUUUAAACCUGCAUACUUACAGUCAAUACAAGCCCCCCCACACACACACACACACCCACACACACACACCCACACACCUGAAAACU